AUGCCAGUCACAACACGCGCCAAAUCAUCCAAUGCUCGUCCCACCAGCAGUCCUAUUGCUGAUUUCACAUUUAAGCCACAGGCUUUGAAACCGAUCAAAGGAGUAUCGAGUGACAGUGGCAUUGAAACUACUGAAUCAUUUGGAUCAAAUGCCAACAAAUCAACGGGUCCAUUUGCAAUGAAACCGUCGUUCGGUGCAAGCACAGACACUGGAUUCAGUGCAUGUAAACCAGUGUCAUGGUUUUCAACGCAACUUCAAGAUUACGACACAUUCGAGUCACUUGCCGUGAAACAAAAACAAAGCAAAUGGGAAUGCAAAUAUUGUGAAACAUCAAAUUUUCGGGCACUCUCAAAGUGCGUUAUUUGCGGAGCUGUUAAUCCAAAUACUUCAAGCAAUGGCAAAACUGAAAACAAAGCCGAAGAACCGGUACAAAAGAAGCCAGUUACUGCUCAAUUUUCCUUUGAAAACGAAACCACCUUGCCUUCAACCAGUAAAAUAGAAACCAAUCUUGAGCCAGCUGCUAUCGCAUCAGUUGCAGCUUAUGAUGUUUCUAAGUCGAUUGUAGAGCAGCAAAACAGUUCGUGGUGGGAAUGUACAUUAUGUUUGAGCAGCAAUUCCAAUGACACUGAAAAAUGUGGAUGCGAUGACAUGCCGCAAGGAGACACCGCAUCGAAAGACAACUCAAAGAAGCAAUUUGGAAGUUUGGCGUCAAGUCAGAAAUUCUCAUUUGGUUCACCAAACGGCGGCAGUACAUUUAGUUUUGGCUCAAAGCCAGAAAAUGCGAGCAGUACAACAGCAACGGCAACCGCAACAUCAACCAUAAAGUCGACCACAUCAAGCAUAUUUGGAAGCAACAGCUCUCAAACACCAACAUUCAAACCAACGGCAACCGAAUCGGCAGCACCAAGCCAGUCUGCAGGUUUUUUUGGUUUUAAAUUGGGAUUUGGAUCGUCGUCGUCUUUUACGAAUUCAUCAAUAUUUGGAUCGAAGGUAGCAUCAAAAGACGAAAGGGAUACCGGCCCAUUAGCGACAAACAGCGACAAAGGUAUUAUAGUUUUGAAGAAUGUUUUGGUCAAACCAUCCACAAAAGCACGAUCUUCGCGAACGUCAACCAGCUUCACAACAAAUACAAUCAACACACUGACAACCAUAACUGCGUCAAACGCAGGCAUUAUUUCAACGAACAAUGGUUCGAUCACAGCCUCUCCACCAGUCAAUUUUCUUCCGACAAACGCGCGUCGAGCUGAAAAGCGAAAGUCAAAAGACGACAGUCCACCGCCAUCGUUCAACGGAAGCGACAGCAAUGGCAGUAAUAGUGGAAGUGCCACAAAAUCUGAUUCAAAUGUGCAGAUUCCAAAGAAAGAGAAAUUCUCGCCUGUUUUUUUUGAAUACUCUGAACAAGACUGUAGCAAAAAGUAUAAGCACGCCAAUGGUUUGAAAUACCAUCAGAGUCGUGUUCAUGGAGCCGGUUUGAUGGACGGGGAUUCAGAACGAUUGCCCAAAUCGCAUCCACCACUUCCAAAGCAUGCAGCGGAUAUUCAUUCGGCACGAUCUUCGUUUGAAUCGAUCUUAGUAUUUGGCAUAAAAGGUGUUCGAAUCUAA